AUGAACCGACGGCUUUCAACAAUCAUUUUGCUUGCAGCCGUCGUUUUUACCGCCGCGCAAAUAACGGUUGUUUCGUCACAAGCGUACGACCCUUGUUCGGAUAGCCCGUGUGUCUAUGGCACGUGUAGCUGGGACAAUCAGUUCACGUGGUCGUGCUCGUGCUAUAGCGGGCACAAGAGCAAGGCCAGUGGGGCGAAUAAGCCUGGCCAGGCGUACGGUGGAACUGCGGCAGUAGGGGCUGAUCUAGAGGCGAAUAAGGGGUAUGCAAACCCGUACUAUGCGGGUGGUGGGGGGAGCGGAGGCGGGAGUGGAGGGGGGAGUGGAGGGGGGAGCGGGGGGUGGGGCGGAGGGGGAGGGGGGAGCGGGGGGAAUGGCAUGACGGCUCCAGGGGCAGGGGGAUACGGGGGAUCAGGAGGGGCUGGAGGGGCAGGGGCGGGAGCGUAUGGGGCAGCAACAGGGGGGGCGUAUGGGGCAGCAGCAGGGGGGGCGUAUGGGGCAGCGGCAGCAGGGCCUCAGGCGGGGAUGGGGUCUGGGUCUGGAUCCGGGAACGUCAUUCACCCCAUGUACAUGGGAAGUGGCAUGUACCAGCAGCAGCCACCUCAGCACGCCAACGUGGUACAGCAGCAGCAACCAGCAGCCUUCCAAUCACCUCCGUCCGUCUGUCAGCAAUUCGCCCUUGCUGACCUGGCGCGGGCCACGGGUGACUGGGCGGAGAGCAACCGCAUUGGCAGUGGCAGCUUUGGUGACGUGUACAGGGGCGUCAGUCCCUUGGACCCCAGCGUUGUGUGGGCAGUGAAGCGAGCUCGAGUCCUAACGAAGGACUUUCAAAGAGAGGUGGCAGCCAUGGCAACGAAGCACCACCCCAACCUGGUGCGUCUACUCGGCUACUGCAUCGACAUGAACCCAGCAGCACCGCACUCCAUCAACGGGGACCUGAGCAUGGAGCAAAUCGUAGUCUACGAGUUCAUGCCUCACGGGGAUCUGCAGCGCUGGGUGGGGGAGGGGGCGGCACAGCCGCUGGGCUUAGCUGAGCGUCUCUCUGUGCUCAUCGGCACGGCGCAUGGCUUGGAGUAUCUGCACAGCUUUGGCAUCGUGCAUCGCGACAUCAAGCCCGCAAAUAUCCUCUUGGACAGCAAGUUUGAGGCAAAAGUAGCAGACUUUGGGUUGCUGAGGCAGAACGAGGGCACGACAGUGGGAGACACUCGCAUCAUGGGCACACCGGGCUAUGUGGACCCUGCCUAUUUCAAGUCCAACAAGGCCACUCCCAUGGCCGAUGUGUACAGCUUUGGCAUCCUCAUUCUGACCACAAUGUCGGGCCGCAACGCACUUGCGGCGGAUGAGCACGGCAACAGCUUCAACGUCAAGAAAUGGGCCGAGUCAUUAGUUGCGGCUGGCAAAGCGGAGGAACUGAAAGACCCGCGAUUAGAUGCUCCCGCAGACUUGAUUCUGCGGAUGGCGCAGCUAGCGUUGCGCUGCACUGCCAUGCCGACCGUGACUCGUCCCGACAUGAUCCAGGUGGUAUCUGAGCUCACGGCGCUGAGGAAGGAAAUUCUGGGGAAGGUGUCAUCCAGGAUGGCUGAGAGGAUUGAUGAAGAGCUCACGCUGUUCAGUAUGGCUUCUCCCAACUUCCGAAGCGCCUCGGUUUCCGCUCCCCAGACCCGCGAGGUCUCCCCUCCGCCUUCUAGGUUCGGCGCACCUUGCGCUCCGCCCUUGCGCCAGAACUCGCUCGACAGUUUCCGCGCCAGGGUCAAGCCGCUCGUGAUCGCGCGCCCCGCCACCGCUGACGAGGCGCCUGGCGAGCGCCAUCCGCUGGAGAUUUGGGAGAUUAACUACGACGAGAUUUUCCCCAACUCCGCGCGCCUCGCGAAGCAGUUCGCCGAAAAGUCACUCAAGCUGUCCAGCCCGCCCGUGUCCAGCGCCGCAUCACCCGCUGCAUCAUCUGCCGUGCCAUCCACCGCACCUUCCGCCGCGACUUGCACUUCCGCUGCGCGGAUAGCGCCCCAGCAGCUCACUCCCCGCGAUCGCGUUUCUGAGGCGCUCCUCGCGCUGUCCCCCGACGUCGACAACUCCAGUCCGCUAUCCGAACUCGCGUCUCCGCUAUCUCCCCCCACCAUCACCAUCCCCGCGCGCGCGGCCGGCGAUUUCACCUCACCCCCGUCGUUCCCCCAACUCCGCGCGCGCAUGCUCGGUUGCAAGCUCGGCACGCCGUGCGUCGUGGCGCUCGCGCGCACGCCCGGCGAUCCCGGCGCGUGGGACGCUGACGACGAGGAGUACGAAUCGGAAGAGAGCACUCGGCGGAGGUCCCGCCGCUCCGGUAGCACAGGCGGAAGCCGCCACUGGGUCGGCGAAAAGUCGGGGGCAUACGUGGAAGGCGCAAGUUACAAAGAGAGCGCGCGUGGGCCGUCUCCGUUGUCCGGGCGGGUUGCGGCGGGGAGUGGCGCGGGGGGGGCAGGCGGGAGUCCGCAGCGGGCGCAGCACGGCACGGGAAGGGUACUCGUUAAGCGGAGCUCCGAUCCCGUUAUGAGGAGUCCACGAGAAGUGCCGAACCAUGGGUCCAGACUUCAGCAGGUUCGAGAUGCCGAGCCUGAGGCUCGGCACCGCCUGGCUCGGACAAGCAGCAGAGGCUCGGAAACGUCUGUGCGCAGUUCUUCCGCCGGCCGCCGGCGGCGGUCGUGCGGACGGUUUGGCGAGUCCGCGAGCGUGGGUUCGGAGAAGGUUCGCAUGACAGUGCGAUUUUACUCCGACCUCCUCGAUCCGUGCGUGAUUGGCGCGCUGGCUGCGCCUUGCGCCACUGCCGCGAGCUCCGCGCGGCGGGAGCAUAAGUCCCCCAUCCGUGGAACCCAGAGCGGGGAAGGGAGGCGCCGCGCGGGCGGAAAUAGUGGGGGGAGCAGUGCGCGCGCGGCUGGCGGAACCGUGCAGAGCCCUCUUUGCGGAAGGGGUUCCCGCGGAGGGGGUGUGCGAGGGGGGUUGGCUGCGGCGGCAACCGCGGCUGCUGCUGCGACUGGCCCCUGUCGUGUGGUGUCCCUGUGCUGA